AUGAUUUUCAACCUAUAUCUAUCGCUCAGGCUUCUCCCUGCUAUUGUCUCAUUAUCAUCUCCAUCAGACAAAGCUAUACGGUUACCUCCACUCAUUGCGCCGUUCUCAGCAGCAGUUGUUGUUUCAAAGAAUCUUUUGGACAAUGUUAUGACAGAAUUGACACUGUCAUCGCUUGAUCGUCGACUUAGCGGAGGUAUAUUGCUUGAUGACCGAGUUGAGGACAACAUAGGCAAGCGGAUAAAGCAUUUACGACAAAUUGGUAUACCAAGAAUUGUCGUAUUAGCUAAAACCACCGAGGAUACUAUCAAUAAAGUCCCUAAAGUAGAAUAUUUUCCACCUUCACUAAAUUCACAAGAAGAUAGCAGCCAUGAAUGGACUCUGAGCGAAGUGAUGCAGUCAAUAGGAUAG